AUGGGCAUCUGCAUGAGCACCAACAAUGACGAUGUCGAGCAGAAGAAGCGCAGCCAGGCCAUUGACCGCAAGCUCGAAGAGGACUCGCGACGGUUACGGCGGGAGUGCAAGAUCCUGCUGCUGGGCUCCGGAGAAAGCGGAAAGUCGACCAUAGUCAAGCAGAUGAAGAUCAUACAUCAGAACGGCUACACGCAGGAUGAGCUCGCCAUGUACCGCCUGACUAUAUACAAAAACGUCAUCGACUGCGCAAAAGCCCUCAUUGGCGCCAUGCGACAAUUCGACGUUACCCCCGAGAAGCCAGGCAAUGCCGAGCUCUGCGACUACCUGCUCGAGUAUACAGUCGAUCCUGAUCCCGAGAAGCCCCUCGAUGUACGGGUAGGCCAAGCUAUCACAUCCAUGUGGAGCGAUCCAUGUGUUGGCAAGGUCCUCGAGCACUCGAGCGAGUUCUACCUGAUGGAUUCCGCCCCAUACUUUUUCGACGAGGUAGAACGAAUAUCCGACCCCAACUACGUGCCCAUCGAAUCCGACGUCCUACGAGCGCGUACCAAGACCACCGGUAUCUACGAGACAAGAUUCACGAUGGGCCAGCUCAGCAUACACAUGUUCGACGUAGGGGGUCAACGGAGUGAGCGCAAGAAAUGGAUACACUGUUUCGAAAACGUCACAUCAAUCAUCUUCUGCGUGGCAUUGAGCGAAUACGAUCAAGUGCUGUUAGAAGAAAGCUCACAAAACCGGAUGAUGGAAAGCUUGGUGCUCUUCGACUCGGUAGUCAAUAGCCGGUGGUUCAUGAGAACGAGUAUUAUCCUGUUCCUCAACAAGGUCGAUCUGUUCAAGGCAAAACUCGCACGAUCACCACUCGGCAAUUACUUUCCAGAUUACUCUGGCGGCAAUGAUGUCAAUCGUGCGGCCAAGUAUCUGUUGUGGAGGUUCAACCAAGUCAACCGAGCUCACUUGAACCUAUACCCUCAUCUCACACAAGCCACCGAUACGUCCAAUAUCCGACUCGUCUUCGCCGCCGUCAAGGAAACAAUACUGCAAAACGCGCUAAAAGACUCCGGCAUACUAUGA